AUGUGGAACCCAGAGACAGACUUCCCCAACGCGAACGGCACGGCCAUCACCGUACAAACUUCGCCCACGGCCGAGAAGGAAACCAUUGUCAUUGUGGCGGUUUUGGUGACUUGUGUCUUGUCUCUGGCCCUGACGGCAGUAUCUGUGCUGCUUGUUCUACAGAGACUCCGUCGUAUGACGAGGGUUCAAGGGGAUGAGGCAGCCGCGAGCAAAGACGGCGCUGCUUGA